AUGGAGCUCACCCUCAGCUCUCGACAGCUCCCGCUCGCUCCACCGGCUCAGCCUGUCCGCGCAAAACCCAACAAGGAGACGGCAAAGAACGUCCCCGCAUUCCUCACAAAGCUCUUCACCAUGGUGUCGGACCCGGGCACCGACGACCUCAUCCGCUGGUCAGACGACGGCGAAUCCUUCUUCGUCCCCUCGGCCGACAGGAUGGGCACCGAGCUCCUCCCGCUCUAUUUCAAGCACCAGAACUUUGGCUCGUUCGUCCGCCAACUCAACAUGUACGGCUUCCACAAGGUGCCUCACCUCCAGCAGGGCGUCCUCAAGCGCGACAACUCGGAGGACGGCGACAUGCUCGAGUUCUGCAACGCCAACUUUCAGCGCGGCCAGCCCGACCUCCUGUGCAUGAUCCACCGCAAGGUCAAGACGGACGGCGCCGUCGUGCCCUCGGCCGGCUCGGACGGCACCCUCGACCUCUCGUCGCUCAUCACCGACCUCGCCGCGAUCCGCAAGCACCAGACGGCCAUCAGCGCCGACCUCAAGGAGCUCCAGGCGCGCAACCACGCCCUGUGGCAGGAGGCCGUCCAGUCGCGCGAGAAGCACAAGAAGCAGGAGGAGACGAUCAACAAGAUCCUGCGCUUCCUCGCCGGCGUCUUCGGCGGCCAC